CUCCUCCCGCGCCGCCCGAUACGCAACACAACACAACAAACAGAGCCGCGCAACCGCGGCGACCUCGUCCCCCCACCCCACUCCUCCGUCUUCCCCGUAGCAGCGCAGCCCACCAAAAAGAAGAAGAAACGCGCCGCGCCGCGCCGCACCGCGUUGCCCAGCGCCGCGUCCGCGGUUAUAUGAUUGGGGCGGGGGCAGAGGAAGGCCGGCGCCGCGCUGCUCCUGCUAUUUAGAGAGCCCGCACCGUCGCGCGGGAAGCGGGAGCGAUCGAAUCGUAUCAAUCUAUCGACAAACCAAUCCAAUCAGUCGAUCGAUCGAUCGAGGAGAGCGCCCUGCACGUCUCCCGGUUGUGAGGGGAAGAGAGAGGUAUAGAGAUGGCGGCGGGGUACCGCGCGGAGGAGGAGUACGACUACCUGUUCAAGGUGGUGCUGAUCGGGGACAGCGGCGUGGGCAAGUCGAACCUGCUGUCGCGGUUCGCCAGGGACGAGUUCAGCCUCGAGACCAGGUCCACCAUCGGCGUCGAGUUCGCCACCAAGACCGUCCAGGUCGACGGCAAGCUCGUCAAGGCGCAGAUCUGGGACACCGCCGGCCAGGAGAGGUACCGCGCCAUCACGAGCGCAUACUACCGCGGCGCGGUGGGCGCGCUGGUGGUGUACGACGUGACCCGCCGCGUGACGUUCGAGAACGCGGAGCGGUGGCUGCGGGAGCUGCGGGACCACACGGACGCCAACAUCGUGGUCAUGCUGGUGGGCAACAAGGCCGACCUGCGCCACCUCCGCGCCGUCUCGCCCGAGGACGCCGCCGCCUUCGCGGAGCGCCACGGCACCUUCUCCAUGGAGACGUCGGCGCUGGACGCCACCAACGUGGAGCGCGCCUUCGCCGAGGUGCUCCGCCAGAUCUACCACGUCGUCAGCCGGAACGCGCUCGACAUCGGGGAGGACCCGGCCGCGCCGCCCAGGGGCAAGACCAUCGACGUCGGUGCCGCCAAGGACGAGGUCUCGCCCGUGAACACGGGCGGGUGCUGCUCGGCUUGACACCCUGGUCAAACAAAGAAAUGCUUUGCUGGUUAAGGAAGACAACGUGAUGACAAUCUUUUCUUGACAUGGUCAAGCGGUUGGGGUGGUUGGGGCUCGACAUGGACACCGUGUUUUGGAGAGGGCAGCAUGUUGUUUUACAACCUUGCAAUCGCUGUCGUCGUGUGUAUUCAUCAGCCCAUUUGAUUGAUACGGUAGCAUAUAUAAUUAUAAGUGACAGGUUAUGACUUUUGAAAAUCCGUCAUGCAGAUAUAUUGACAAUGGGAAUUUGCAGUGCUUUUCACCGAUU